UUCCGCUUUGCCUCAGCCUUUCUUAGAAAUCAAAUCUGACCUACUUUUUCACGCUGUUAUUAAUAUAGUGUAUUUUAGGCUUUGGCCUACCUGUGCUUUGGUAUUUACCCAUAAAUCCCUGCGAAAUCUCGUGUUUUUCUCGUGACAAGCAAACAACGUGCGUUCCGCUUUGCCUCAGUUUUUCUUAGAAAUCAAAUGAAUUGACAGCAUUUUUCUUCCUACGAAGAUGAAGCACCUAAUACUUCUUUUCGCUUUAAGCAGUAUUUUCGAAAUCAGCCACGAGACUCUAGGAAAUACUUUCUAUAAAAUACGACAGCUUGUGGAACACGAAAGAGAGUUGAAGUACAAGAAUCAAGGCUUCAACGAAGUUCAAGGGUUCGCUUUUAAUCAGAGGCUUGAUCAUUUUGAAGUAAGGACAGGGAACUUAAGAGUGUUCAGCCAGAGGUACUGGAGGAAUGCUGCGUACUGGAGAAAGCCAGAUGGUCCAGUGUUCUUGUACAUCGGUGGAGAGGGAGCGUUGUCUGGGGCCGAAAUUAGUGGAGGGCAUAUUGUUGAUAUGGCCAAGAAGUAUGGUGCUUUGCUGUUUGCUGUGGAACAUCGCUUCUAUGGACGCAGUAUAUUUGCAGAAUGCUUUAAGGACAAAAAUAUGGGACUCCUUUCAAGUCAACAGGCAUUGGCUGAUCUAAGUAUUUUCAUAAAAUAUGCGAGUAACAAGUUUGGGCUGACAAACAAGAACAAAUGGAUCAGUUAUGGAGGUUCUUAUCCUGGCUCACUUUCAGCCUGGUUUAGAAUAAAGUAUCCUCAUCUUGUGAUCGGAGCAGUAGCAUCGUCUGCACCAGUUCAAGCAACAGUUAAUUUUGAAGCCUACAACGAUGUCGUUGCCGCAAGUCUGAACUCAAAAUUGGUGGGAGGUUCUGAGCAGUGUGUAGACAAAGUAAAGUCUGCUUUCAAGCAGAUUGAAGAGUACAUUACUGAAAAGAACUUUUCACAACUGCAAGAGGACUUCAAUUCCUGUAAUGACAUCUCCAACACAAAUGACUCGUGGAUGUUUGCUGUUAAUCUUGCUUCAUUUGUAAUGGGAAUUGUACAGUACAAUCGCCAAACACCAGGACUUGAUAUCUCCACUCUGUGUAAAUAUGUUACCAAUUCAUCUGGAACUCCAUAUUUAAAUUUUGCUUCUUUAUACACAGGCUACAUGAAACGCUUUCAAAGGUGCAACGAAUUCAGCUAUCAUAAUUUCAUACUCCAACUCAAGAACAUAGAUAUUGAUCCAUCUGGAUUGCCGAUGAUUCGACAGUGGUAUUUCCAGACCUGCACCCAAUUUGGCUACUUUCAAACAUGUGAUCCCAAAACCAAAUGCGUAUUUUCAAAGAGAGUUAAUCUUCUAUCUGACCUGGACAUUUGUCAAGAGGUGUUUGGAGUCAAGCCCAAAAGUGUGCAAGAGAGAGUCAACUUCACCAAUCAGUACUAUGGCAGCAACAAACCUAGGGGCUCAAAGAUAAUAUUUAUUAAUGGAUCAAUUGACCCUUGGCAUGCACUGAGUGUCUUAAAAAACCUGACGUCAUCAGAAAUAUCUAUAUUUAUUCCUGGUACUUCACAUUGUGAGAAUAUGGCUUCUGAUGAUUUUGAUGACCCACCAGCACUCAAAGAGGCAAGACAGGUAGGCAGAUUGUCUUAUCAAAGCCAAAAGCAAAAAAUAUAUCGUAAGAGUGACACAAGGCAAGAUGGUAGAGUGCAUGCCAUAUAUCUGUAAAACAAUUACUAGCUAUGUAGCACUAAAAAGUAUUUUAUUUGCUUUUGUUCACAAUGUUCUGUUCCAGGAAUAUCCAAUAUUUUGCACAAAAUAGCUGCAAUUAGUCAAUACAUAAAUCUUUGGGGUUUU